GAACUUGGAGUGAACAUGGCGUCUCAUUCAGACCAGAUGAAACCUGUCGAAUUCACUCUGUUCGAAAAAGCGCAGCUGAAAAUGGUGCCAAAUAAGCUGAAAAUACUAUUACUGUUGAUGGCGGUGGUUGUGGUGGCCAACGCCGUAACGGUAGCUGCUGAUUACGUCCGGCCACCACCUCGAAAGAACUUACAGUUUCCGUGGGAUCCGAAGCCUUCCUCUCAACCUCAACAGGUGCAUGUGUCAUUGGCAGGGGACAAACACAUUCGUGUUACAUGGAUUACAAGCAAAUCAUCUUCUCCUUCACUUGUUGAAUAUGGAACAUCACCUGGAAAAUACACCUCUAGAAGUCAUGGAGAAAGUACUUCUUAUAGCUACUUAUUUUACACCUCAGGGACAAUCCACCACACUGUCAUUGGUCCACUUGAACACAACACUGUUUACUACUACAAAUGUGGAGGAAAAGGACCCGAGUUCAGUCUCAAAACUCCACCAUCAGAGUUCCCAAUUACAUUAGCUGUGGCUGGUGAUUUAGGUCAAACUGGGUGGACAAAGUCAACUUUGGACCAUAUUGAUUUAUGUCAAUAUGAUCUUCAUCUUCUCCCUGGUGAUCUUUCUUAUGCUGAUUAUAUUCAGAGCAAGUGGGAUACAUUUGGGGAGCUUGUGGAGCCACUUGCAAGUGCAAGGCCAUGGAUGGUGACACAAGGGAAUCAUGAGAAAGAGAAUAUUCCGUUUAUUAAAGAUGGGUUUGAAUCGUAUAAUGCUAGAUGGAAGAUGCCUUAUGAAGAAAGUGGAUCAAUGUCAAAUCUUUAUUAUUCGUUUGAAGUUGCAGGGGCUCAUGUUGUGAUGCUUGGUUCAUAUACGGAUUAUGAUGUGAAUUCUGAGCAAUACAACUGGUUGAAGGCAGAUCUGUCAACAGUAGACCGAAAAAAGACACCUUGGUUACUUGCCUUGUUUCAUGUGCCAUGGUAUAAUAGUAAUUAUGCUCAUCAAGGUGAAGGAGAUGAUAUGAUGGAAGCAAUGGAGCCAUUACUUCAUGCUGCUGGUGUUGAUCUUGUCUUUUCCGGCCAUGUGCAUGCUUAUGAACGCACGAAACGCGUUUACAAUGGGAAAUCAAACCCGUGUGGUGCUGUCCACGUGACAAUUGGAGAUGGAGGAAACAAAGAAGGGCUAGCACAAAAGUACAAGGAGCCAUCGCCAGAAUGGUCAGUGUUUCGUGAAGCGAGUUUUGGUCAUGGUGAGUUGAAGAUAGUGAACUCAAGUCAUGCCUUUUGGAGUUGGCAUAGGAAUGAUGAUGAUGAGCCUGUGAAAUCUGAUGAGGUCUGGAUAACCUCCUUAAUCACUUCAAACUGUGUUGCUACUAAGGAAACAAAACAAGCUUAACAAGUAAAUAAAUACAUGACAACACUUGUUUAUCAUGUAUUAUAUAGUAUUAGUAAUUUAUUAAUACUUGUGUGUAAUUACAUAACCCCAACAAUCAAAUAUGUUAUAUGCCUUCUUCUU